CAGCUACUAAUCAUAAUAAUAAUCAUGAUAACCAAGUGCUAGCUAACGAUUAUGAUGCCAAUCAUGAUCCAGAAAAUAAUAAUAAUGACACAACAACAGCAACACAAACAAACACAACAACAGCAACCACAACAUCAACAACAAACACUGCAAACGAUUGUGAUGCAACACAAACAAUUACAGCAACAGCAGACACUGCAACAGCUAAUGAUGCGGCAACAGCAACACAUGACACAUCCAUCACGCCCCCAACAAAUGGUAGCGCUAGCCCCCCCUCGCUUCUGGGUGAGACCCUGACUCUGCCACAUAAUGGCAAUGACAACAACAACUAUAUACCCUAUAUUAACAACAAUUUAAAAUCCUUAAAUGGCGAUGAGCUGCCCAACGAUGCAGAGAAUAGCAACAAUAGCAACAGCAGCAAUCACAGUAAUCAUAGCAAUUCUAGCAACACAAUUGCUGCCAGUGCAGCAGCAGCAGCAGCAACAGCAACAGUUGAUGCCGAUUCCAUUGCUGUUGCGCCUGCCUACUCACAGGCAAUGCCCAUUCGCAGCUAUGCAGCGCCCAAACAAAAUGGCACCGAUGCAUAUCAGCGCUAUCACAAUGGCGGCAUUCUGCCCACACCCACCAGCAACAGCAACAGUUGCUCCCCCGCUAAUGUUGCCACCACAGCGGCCUCUUCUGUGACGCAAUAUCAGCGUCUCAGUUACGCAAUGCCCGCUUACAGCUAUGCUAAUUUAUAUAGUGGCUAUACAAAUGCGACGCCCAUUGUUAGCAUGGCCAGCAGCAAUGUACAGAAUAGCUAUGUGCAAGCACAACAGCAACAUCAGCAGCAGCAACAACAGGUUGCUCAAGCUCAGGCACAAGCGCAGGCUCACGCUCAGGCCCAAGCUCAGGCUCAGGCUGCUUAUGCACAGCAGCUUAUGCGGCAUAUGCCGCAGCAGCAGGCUUACGCCAGCAACUAGUUACUAUACCGAUCCUGCCGCCUUGGCCAAGGAGGUGGCACAGAAGAAUUACGCCUUAAAGGUCGCCAGUGCUGCGGCUAAGCCAGUUACCGCUGCCUCAGCGGCAGCCUACACGGGCAUGACUUUAAACAAGAAUUAUAUGACAGCAGUACCGCAACCGGUGCCGCAACCCCAACAGCAACAGCAGCCGACACAGCAACAGUCCCUUUCCAUGGCACAAAUUAUACAAAUGCAGGCUCAAGCCCAAGCCCAAGCACAAGCUCAAGCUCAGGCACAAGCUCAGGCGCAAGCUCAAGCUCAGGCCCAGGCUCAGGCGCAGUUGCGCCAAUACAGCUCGGGUCUGUCAACGCCUGUUGCACCCGGUACUCCGGUUCGUGCCGGUAGUGCUGCCGGUUAUUCGCUGCUGCGUGCACCCAGCACCGCUCAGCAAAUGGCUGCCAGUCAGCAGCAACAGCAAUAUGCUGCCGCUGCAGCAGCAGCUGCUGCUCAGGGCUACUUUUAUCCGGGCAUGAUGACGGCACAGCCGACAGCACAAGCAACUUAUGCCAUGCCCAGCAGUCAGGCAGCUGCUGCCGCUCAACAGUAUGCUGCAGCUGCAGCUGCAGCAGUUGCUGCACAGGGUGGUGCACAGAGCAGCGCCAUGGUCCUUAACCCAUACAAGAAAAUGAAAACCUCCUAAGCAGUCACUAUAUAAAAGAGAAAAAUAAAAAAAAACACACACACACAGAGAGACUCGAACGCAACUGUACUUAAAAAAUAGAGCCUGGUUGGUACAGUCAUUUUUUAGUCGUAACUAUAUAGCUUGUAGUACACAACGAAGACGUAAGAUUAUGUGCCUCAGUUUUUACUUAAUUUAUUACUCUAGGGUCUCGUAUAGUUAGCAUAUUACAUUUAGUGCGUCAUCAAUUUACAAGACAAAUAAUCAGCACCAUGACAAAUCUGAAAUUUACACAAAAAACAAUUUUUUGAAAGAUGUUUUUCUUUUUUUACUUUUUUUGCAAUGUCUGGUAAAAAUGUGCUUAAAGCUUUGCCUAUGCCACACAGCUUUUCGAAACACUUUGAAAGCUUUCACUUUGCUUUCAUCGAGUGCAAUAAUAAUCUGCUUAAAAGCUACUUGCCCAGCGAUCCUCUUGCCUCCCUUGCAAACUAACACACACAAAACAACAAAAAAAAAAAAAAAACGAUGCUCGAAUGCAGUUUUUAAGCCCGCGCUUGCAAUCAGUAGUAUAUCAAAUUUUUCUUAGGUCUUUUAAAUUGAAAUUUUAUUUUGUUAAUUAGACGCAAUAACAAACAUAAAAAAUAACAAAAAAGGUAUACACAAAACAUAACCUCACUGUGACUUGAGCUGUUGCCAUUUUCAUAGCAUAGGCUUACAUAAGAAACGAUGCUUUUAAAGCAAAAACAAAAACAAAAACAAAACGGAUACUUUUUUAUUAGAUAGUUUUUAAGUUAAGUUCCUUUUUGAUAGCGAUAGUGAGAGCCUUUAACUUAAAUAUACACACAAGAUCUGAUAAAACAGAAAUGGAAUUGGUAACGAAAAACUGCAACUUGGUAUAAACAAAGUACUGUGAUAGCUUUGCACAAUACAAAAUAAAUAAAAAAAAAACCGACAAAUACACACACAAGAAAAAGCUUCUCGCCUCCCAUACAAGUCAGUCAGUUGGUCGUUCCUAUAAAAUACAUAUAUAUAUAUAUAUGCCAUAAAGACGGAAAGACGGAAAAGAAAGAAACUAAACUAAAACCAUUUUGCUGCUGCUGCUGCUAGGUACAGUUGUGUCUGCGCUUGUUGUUGGAAAUGCUUUUAAUUGCGAUUCAAGCGAUCGUUGCUAUCUCUUUCUAUUAUUCGUGUCUGUCUCUGUUUCUAUCUAGAGUUGUCUCUCUUCCACUAGUUAGCUACUAGUUAGUUAGCUAUCGUGAAUGCUGUUGUAAUUUUAAUUGUUUAAAAUUGUUGAGCAACGAACAUGCGUAACGAAUAUAUAUAUUGCCUAGUUAUAGAAUAUACCUAUUAAAUA